CCCAGCAGGUCCUCAGAGGCGUUGGGUGCUGCUGAAGCCAUGUGGAUUAUUCUGGUGCUUGCUCUCUGCGGCCUCGCUGCUGCCGUGCCCUCGGAGGACAGGAAGCUGAGCGACAAGGCAACAACACUGGCUGACCGCAGCACAACGUUGGCCUUCAACCUCUACCAUGCCAUGGCCAAAGACAAGAACAUGGAGAACAUCCUGCUGUCCCCUGUGGUAGUGGCCUCUUCCCUCGGCCUCGUGUCCCUCGGGGGAAAAGCCACAACGGCCUCCCAAGCCAAGGCAGUGCUCAGCGCAGACAAACUGAACGACGACUACGUCCACAGCGGGUUGUCCGAGCUCCUCAACGAGGUCAGCAACAGCACAGCCCGCAACGUCACCUGGAAGAUCGGCAACCGUUUGUAUGGCCCUGCCUCCAUCAACUUUGCCGAUGACUUUGUGAAGAACAGCAAGAAACACUACAACUAUGAGCACUCCAAGAUCAACUUCCGAGACAAGAGGAGCGCCCUGAAAUCCAUUAAUGAGUGGGCAGCCCAGACCACGGACGGGAAACUCCCAGAGGUCACGAAAGAUGUUGAGAAAACUGAUGGGGCCCUCAUUGUCAAUGCCAUGUUCUUCAAGCCUCACUGGGAUGAGAAGUUCCAUCAUAAGAUGGUGGACAACCGUGGCUUCAUGGUGACCCGUUCCUACACCGUAGGCGUUCCCAUGAUGCAUCGUACAGGUCUCUACAAUUACUAUGAUGAUGAGACAGAGAAGCUCCAGGUGGUAGAGAUGCCACUUGCUCACAAGCUCUCCAGCAUGAUCUUCAUCAUGCCAAACCACGUGGAGCCUCUGGAGAGGGUUGAGAAACUGCUGAACAGGGAGCAGCUGAAGAUCUGGGCUGGCAAGAUGAAGAAGAGAUCGGUGGCCAUCUCGCUGCCUAAAGUCAUCCUGGAAGUCAGCCACGACCUUCAGAAACACUUGGCUGAUCUGGGUCUGACAGAAGCCAUUGACAAAACCAAGGCUGACUUGUCAAAGAUUUCUGGCAAGAAAGACCUUUACCUGUCCAACGUCUUCCACGCCGCUGCUCUUGAAUGGGACACAGAUGGGAACCCCUAUGAUGCUGACAUCUACGGCCGAGAGGAGAUGAGGAACCCCAAGCUCUUCUAUGCUGAUCAUCCCUUCAUCUUCGUGAUCAAAGACACUAAAACCAACUCCAUUCUCUUCAUCGGCAGGCUCGUGAGGCCCAAAGGGGACAAGAUGCGUGAUGAGUUGUAGUU